CUCACCGAGUAAAAGUCAGAGGUAAAAGGUUAAAACUAAAAAUGAGUUGAAGAGAUUGUCAGUAGUUGGAAUAAUUGUUGCAGGAAAAAUCGAUGAAUUUUGUUUAAUCACUUGAUGAUAAUAUCCAAGAUUAAAUUGUUUCAAUUAAUUUAAACCAUUAAAAUGAAUCAUUUUAAAUGAUUUACUUUUAUAAAGAUCAGAAAGUAAUCGGAUCGCCAUCUGUUAAUUGGAAUGGGAAACACGAGAAAAAGCUAAUCACUAAUUAAAUUGUCAACAAGUAAAUCAAUCAAUCAGAUUGACUCUCGAUUUGAAUUAAACUGGUGCGUCAAUUUAUUGACUAAUUGUUCAAUGUACUAGAUCUUCAUGCCAUUGAUUGUUGUUUAUCUUCGAGUACUUUGUUAGUCUUUUUGGUUCAUUGUUUUUUUAUUGAAUCUUUUUGUUUACGUUGCACGACAAUGGCUACUUUCUUGUUUGAUGGAGAUGAGCUUCGAGAGUGUCCAUACAACCCUAACCAUCGUGUUCUAUCAAAGCGAUUACUCUCUCAUAUGGGUAAAUGUGCCAAUGAACCUGGUGCUCCAGUUCUGGAAGUCUGUCCAUUCAACUCUCUCCAUCGUGUUUACCCUCAUGAAUAUGCUGCUCACUCUGUUGAAUGUCCAGAUAAUCGUCAAGCGAUCCGAGAACUGCUCAAUCCAGUUGCAAAUCCUGUCAACUCUCAAUCUAACAAUCAACAAUCAGAAAUUGUUGAUGAUGAAUGGGAAUCCAUCACCGAUGAUAAGUAUCUAUUGAAAGGGCUCGAUGAGAAAGAAGAAGAGGUCGGGGGAAAUGCUGCAUUUUUACCUCAACAUCAUUUAUACAGAAAGAAACCUGCGGAGAGAAAAAGAUUGUACAACCAGCUCACUGAAGACGCGAUCAGAAGAAAAGCUCAAGGCGAAAGAGAACAAUUAACCGAAGAAGAAGCGUCAGAAUUGGGUCUGUCUACCCAAAGAACGGAUUACAUAAUAGACAUCGAUGGAGAGAGAACAGAAACUUCAGAGGAAGCGACUGAGCCUGAAAUCAAUUUGAAUGCUGGGCCAUCGGGACAACAAAGAACGACAGAAACAGACCAAGAGUCAGAUGAAAAAGAAGUCAAAAUUAAAAAGCAGGAUGAAGAUGAAGAUAACAAGGAAGAGGUUAAACGAUUAAUUCAAACCACUCAAUUGGAUUGUUUCAAAUCCAGAGAAGUUCGUCGUUAGUUACGAUUAAAUUUGGCAAUAUUUUUCAUCUUUAUCAAUUGCUAAUCCAAUUAAUCAGAUCAAAUUGUAAAUUUAUUGAUCGGAUCUCAUAUUUCCACUUAUUUUCCAUCUUAAUUCUCAUUGACAAUAAAACGUUUUAAAUUCAAAAGAA